AUGCCACCAUCGGACACUCAGCGUCAACGCAUAUUGCCACUAUCACCGGACGCCAUCGCACAGAUCCACUCCUCGAAACAUAUCACUACUCUUCAAGGCGUCAUUCUCUCUCUUCUCGAGAAUUGCCUCGAUGCCGCCUCUACCAAAGUGGACAUCACCGUCGACUGGAAACGGGGCAGCUGCACAAUCGAAGACAACGGCGAUGGCAUUCCUCCUAACGAGUUUGCUGAAGAUGGCGGCCUUGGAAAGAUGUACUGCACCUCCAAACCCUCUCCAGCUUCGACUCAUCUCCACGGCUCCAACGGCACCUUUCUCGCAGAGUUGUCUUCCAUGUCGCUCUUGACCAUCUCGUCAACACAUUCCAGCAACAAGCAGUCCGCAUCUUUGACCUUCCACAUGGCCAAAUGCAUCACUCGCAGUCUUCCCGAAUCGACGCAGGCUCAAUCUACUCUUCCAGCUCGGCCUGGUACGCACAUCGCCGUUCGCGACCUUUUUGGCAACAUGCCAGUCCGCCUGAAGCACCGCGCUCUUGCAACUUCUGCCCCUUCCUCCGACGAGACAUCCUGGCAGGACCUCAAACGUGGUGUUGUUGCGCUCCUCCUGGCUUGGCCUAAGCCCUGUAGUGUCAAGCUCCGUGACGCAACUUCUGCAUCCAAGUCGUCUGCUUCUACCUACGACCCGACGGAUGUACUACCAAUCCUAUUUCAGUCCGGCUUCACUUCGCCUGAUUCGAGGAGUUCGUGGGUCCCUUUAUCAGCCAACACCUCGGCAAUUUCACUGAAAGGAAUGAUAUGCCAGGAUCCUGCGCCAACUAAACAGUGCCAAUUUCUGUCGCUCGGUGUGAUGCCGUGUGGCGCGGCUGACGGCCAUGGAGAGUGGUAUGAUUGCGUGAAUCGUAUCUUCGCCAACAGCGGCUUUGGGAUCGAUCAGGACGAUGGCGUAACUCCGUCGAAGAAAGAAGACCGAGAAGACGGUAGACCCACUCGCCAGACUGCUAAAGAUAAGCCGAGGAAGGGCGUCGAUCGAUAUCCGAUGUUCUGCCUGCAGCUCCAGUUCAAGGAGGUGCCUGGACGGAUCUCGGACCCUUCAAGACUCAACGAGGCCUCGCUGAAAGUUGUGGAAGAUAUCCUCGGAGCGGCUGUCACGGCGUGGCUGGAGGCGCAUCACUUCCGACCAAGAAAGAAGAGGUCUGGCAGGAGGAGGAAUGAGGAGCAGGAAAGUCCUGCUCGAGCGAUGGCUUCCAGGCAGAAUACAGGGUCGAGGAUGACGAGUUCCUUGCCUACCACGCCUGUCGUUGGGAAAGUUCACCGAGUAAGCUCUCGCACCGGGAUUGUGAUGCCUCUUGCGUCCGAGUCUCGUGCUGACUCCAGCCGUCCUGCAACUCGAGGACAGAAGGUGGUGUUGGAUGCUGGGUCUCUGUCUUCAGCCGGACGGCCGUUGAGUCUGUCCCGUCGUGGAGUGCUGGCAGCGAAGUCUGCCAUUCAGUCUAGACCAGGAACUGCGCCACCUUUGAUUCCAACCAGCGGGUCCGACAGUGGCGGCGUCGCAGGCGGGACAGCAAAGACUCCUGUCGAGGAGCAGGGACUGCAAGAAAAGUGGCUCCCCGGCUUCCUCCGCGAAUGGAACAAUCCCGUCUUCGCCCUCCGCAAGGAACCUCCCAUUCCGACGGCAUCAAAUCACGGACCAGGUAUUCUUCUUCCGACUGUCGGUAGCUCACACCAUGCCUGCCGCUCGCAUGCAGAUGGCACAAAUCCCCACUCGGUGGACAAAGGCAUCGCUCUUUCGAGAAGCGCACUCAAACAUGCUCGAAUCAUCGCACAGGUUGACCGGAAAUUCAUACUAGCCGUACUUCCCGCUACGGUGCCUUCCAUCAGCUCGUCCGCCGGUACAUUUGAGCUUCCAGGUCCUUCGCAAUCCGAUACGCUUGUACUGAUGGAUCAGCACGCCGCGUCUGAGCGGGUGAUGUUGGAAGACCUUCUAGUGGACCUUUGUAUCCCUGCUCCUGCUCCAAAAACGCAGAGAGUCCAGACCGUUCCAUUGGAGUCGACCUUGGAGUUCGACAUCCCGUCAUCCGAACAAGCGGUCCUAGAAAAGUUUAGAGCUUGGUUCCUGAGAUGGGGAAUUGCGUACAGCCUGAACAAGAAAGCUCGAGAAGCCAGAUUGAAAAUCAGCCAUCUCCCGCCUUGCAUCGCAGCGAGAUGUCAGAAAGAGCCGAGACUCGCCAUUGAGUUGGUGAGAGGUGAGGUCUGGAGGGUUGCUGAGCAUGGCGUUCCCAAGAUGGCAGACAUUGGACGGGAUGCUGCUCGGGAAAGCCCGUGUCGAUCGGCGAUCAUGUUCAACGAUAUCUUGGACCAUGCCGCGUGUGAGGAGUUGGUCAGGAAAUUGGCGAGGUGUGUCUUCCCGUUUGUGUGUGCGCAUGGGCGAGUGGGAGUUGUGCCGGUCGGGGCGUUGGAUGGUACGAGGUUGGCAGUUGACAGAGGGCUGGCUGGUAAUGAGGAGAGUGAUGGGAAGGGACCAGGCGAAAGGCUGGCGUCUUGGGUGAAAGGAAAAAGAGAAGUCGGUGGAGGUGAAAGAUGA